AUGACAUCAAACAUUGUAGAAUCAAUUAAUUCAGCAACCAGGCACGCAAGAGAGCUCCCAGUUACUGAUUCUCUUGACUAUAUGACAAAUUUGGUGCAUAAAAGGAAUUACAAUAAUGGUGCUGCUGCCAACUAUGCAAAGACCACACUGAGCAACAAGUAUGAGGAUGUGUUGACUGUAAACAUCAAAGCAUCACAAACGAUAUCGAUAAGAUAUAUUCUUAAAUCUUAUUCCAGUGUCAAAAAACUGGUUGUGCCUUCAACACAGUUUGUUCACUCAGUAAUUCAUGGUCGAAUGAAACACAUUGUGUCUCUACAACAAAAGACUUGCACAUGUCACAUGUUUCAAGUGGAUGAACUGCCAUGUCCACACGCAAUGGCAGUUCGAAUAAAAUUCUAUUUCGAAAAAUAUCAGUAUUGCUCUCCAUACUACACAAGAGAUUUUCUUAUCAAAACAUAUGAGAUGCCAGUACAUCCUCUUUCGAAUCAGAGCAUGUGCGACAUCCCACAACAUGUGUGUACUUGCACAGUACUCCCACCAAAUGCAAGAAUAAGACCAGGAAGGCCUAAAAAGAAGAGAACCAAAGGAGGUGUCGAAGCAUACUUCAGCACUCAAGUAACAUGCGGACACUGUGGCCACAAAGGCCAUAACCAAAAGACAUGCAAAAAUAUCCCCAUUAAAGAUUGA